AUGUAUUGUAUAAUAGCUAUCGUCUAUUUUGUGUUAAGUGCCAAUGCGUACAAAUAUCAAAUUUUGUUGAACGAUGAGGAAGCAUACAAUCCAUGUAAACCAGAUUCUGGUGUGUUCUACUAUCCACAUCGAACAGAUAUACAUCAAUACUAUCAAUGUGAUGAAGCUGGUAAUGCCUAUCUACGUUCAUGUGGUGCCCUCGUUUGGGACGAUCUCCGUGUUGCUUGCAAUUGGCCAGAUGCUGUAGUUCCUCAAGCUUCUUCGAGCACUGCAUUACCAUCAACAACUACAACAGCAGAAAGCACCACUACCACAAAAAGUUCGACAACUGCCAAAAGCGCAAUCACUACAUGUGGCGAAGUCAAUCCAUGUGGUGAACAUGGCCAAUGCGUUGCAUUACGUCGACGAUUCGCAUGUAUCUGCGAUGAUAACUGGUUCGGUCGAUUAUGUGAUAAACAAAUUGACGAAUUAACAACACCAGCAUUAAGUCUUGAUCAAGUCAAAAAUCAAUCCGACUCUGAACAAACAUUCUCCUUGCCAGUAUAUACAAAAGAAGAUUCGAAAUACAUUUUCUACGGAUUGAAAGGUGAUAAAAUUUCCAAUUUCGUUCCAGUACAAAAACGAAUGAUGGAUCCCAAAGAAAUCGAAAACAAAAACAAGGAAUCAAUCUCUUCGGAAAAAGUCGCUUCGUCCAACAUGGUUCCUGAACGUCUUUCAAAAGGCGAUAUGAAAUAA